AUGUCAGAUUUGUUCCAAUGGUUCCAAUCGCAAAAUGGUGAUGUUGAUAUAACGUCCCUGACAAUUGCCGACAUACCCGGCCAUGGGCGAGGAGCAUUGGCCCUGAAAGACCUACCUGAAGGGUUUACUUUGUUUACCAUACCGCGCGAACUCACACUGUCUACGCGAACCUCGUCGCUCCCGGGUCGCAUUGGAAAGCCUGCAUGGAAGCAUUUUGGGUUGGACAAAGGAUGGGUAGGGCUCAUAUUGUGCAUAAUGUGGGAGGAAGCACAAGGAUCUUCGUCCAAGUGGUCAGGGUAUCUGAGUUCGCUUCCGUCGUCAUUUGAUACGCCAAUGUUUUGGAACUCUGCGGACCUGCAGGAACUUCAAGGAACUGCUGUGGUAGACAAGAUUGGUAAAGAGCAGGCUGAGCGAGAUUACAAUGGAAAAUUACUCCCGGUGGUGCAGAGUCGUGUAGAUCUGUUCCCGCCAGAGUCACUAUCUGAACAUUAUACCCUGCAUAGAUACCAUCUCACGGGAAGCCGUAUCCUCUCGAGAAGUUUUCAUGUUGAACCAUGGAUGGGUGGGGACGAUGAUGUAUCUGACGACGGAAGUCAAGGUCCUGAUGAAGCCGUGGCAAAAAUGGACGUGGAUGCAGAACGCAGCGUCGUAGAAACGGGUACAAUUCCCGGGAGUUCCGAGACCACAAAAGAGCUCAACGAUGAACUUGAAGGACCCACCGACGACGAGGAUGAUGAAGACGAAGAUGCAGACGAUCCCGCAGAUGUGGCUAUGGUUCCGAUGGCUGAUAUGCUGAAUGCUAGAUUCGGAUCCGAGAAUGCGAAACUCUUCUAUGAAGAGCAUCAUUUGAAAAUGGUGACCACUAAGCCGAUCAAAGCAGGAGAACAGAUAUGGAAUACGUAUGGAGACCCGCCAAACUCUGAUCUGCUCCGCCGAUAUGGUCAUGUCGACCUCGUUCCCCUUGAGCCGCCUCUUGCUGGACUCGGGAAUCCAGCGGAUAUUGUCGAGAUCGGCGCGGAUUUGGCUGUCUUUGCUGCGAAGAAGGACUCUCCAGAAAAGCUGCAGGACAAGAUAGAUUGGUGGCUAGAAGUUGCUAAUGAUGACACCUUUGUUAUCGGGACGGACUGUCAGCUUCCGGAAGAGUUAGUGUCUUUUGCUCGUCUUCUAUUCCUGCCACGAGACGAGUGGGAGAAGGUGCGGCAGAAGAGCAAGCUGCCGAAGCCGAAGAUCGAUGCUCAGGUGCUUUCUGUCGCGGAGGAUGUUCUCAGCCGACGAAUCAACGAGUACUCAACUACUAUUGAGGAUGACGAAGCGCUACUAGCGCUCGAGAACGCGCAGCCCUUGUCCCUCAAUAAGAAACACGCGCUGAUUGUACGGCACGGAGAGAAGCGUAUUUUGCAUGGUACUCUUCAGCAUGUGAACCAGCUGCAGGCACAGGCACAAUCUUCCAUUGGUGGUAAUAACAAAAGGAAGAAUAGAGAUGGCGCAGAAGUCAGUGGUACAAAGGGAAAGAAAGCGCGGUCAUAG